UCUCGAUUGUCUCACAUCCACAUCUGGAAGAUGGCCUCUGAGACUGCAAAUAAAAGAAGAUUUAUCAUCCUCCCAAAGAAACAUAUGGAUGCUUUUUCCAAAUGCUAUGUUUUGGAUCACGGCUUGUUCAUCACAGAGCUGCACCCCUGUAUUAAUGAAAGAUAUUUAUACGCCUAUUUUAAAGACUGGGGAAAUAUCACAAUGUGCAAGAUCAUAACGUCUUCAAAGUGUAGGAUUGCUUUUGUGAGGUUUUCUACAGCAGAAGAAGCAGACGAUGCAUUUUUGGCGAGUCCUCACUAUAUUGGGGGUACUGACUGUACGAUUAAGCGGGUCGUAAGUCCAAAAAUGGAUGACGAGUCUGAAAAUGAGGCCAUCCCUGCGGAAAUUAAAAAACCUCGACCUAGGCGUUCAAUGGGUUUGGGCUACAUACUGGAAGAUCCACAGUGGUUAGAGGAUGAUGAUGAUGAUGAACAAGGAAACAAGCUCUGAGAUAGGUCCUUGAGUUUGAGAAGAUUUAAGGAACUUUGGGUCUUUGAGUUGUUUUAUGUCCUCUAUGAAGGAACGUCAUACAUCAAAACUUCAUUUAAUCUGCUAUCAGUUCCUGAAAUGUAUGUAGAAUAUUCACAAAAGUUUCUCAUGUUUUGGGCUUAGUUUGCCAAUGUAGGUUUUUGAAAAAUGUAUUGCCCAAAUGUAUUAUCAAGGGCAGAUAAACAGUAUACACUGUAUGUUUAUGCAAAUUGGAGAAGCCAAGCUUGUACACUAACUGCAUGAUUACAUCAAACAAAUUUGUAACA